AUUUCCUCUCGUGAAUUCACUGACGCCCUGGAGAAAUUCGCUUUGUGGGCUGGGAGUCUCGGGGCUUUACGGGAACCAACCUCUAAACUAUCACUGGAGCACCGACUAUUAGAAGCCCCGGAGAUUCGGAAUCAGAUUCAUAAGCAACUCGACUAUAUCAUAGAAGCUAUCGAUGAUGCGACUCCUGACAAGCGCUUCGAGCGGGCUAUUCACUCUUCAAAAUUUACUUUUGCACAUACAUUUGACGUUGAUUACGUCAAAGAGAAGUAUCCAAAGCUCAAGGCAGGAGAACAAUCAUGGCUAGCGGAUCGCCUAGGCAAAGCCAUUACUAAACGCAGGCAAUUUAUCAAGUAUUGCAGAGAUCACAGGGCCCGUCUCGGCCUCGAUGACGAGAACAUAGAAGCUGAAGGCGCUACAACCAUGCUGCAGUCUAGUAAAGCAACCACUCUACAGCCUGAAAAGAUGUUGUCGAACGUCAUGGUUGACGAUUAUGAGGACGAUGUGGUUUCCAUUUUGUCAACAUCUACCACAACAGAUGAGAUUUCAACCCUCGCAUUGCCUCGGCUCGUCGAUCUCUCAAGGGACGGUGAGCCGUUUGAAUGCCCUAUAUGCUUCACUCUGAGAUCUAUCAGCGGAGAACGCUCAUGGCGGUACGUUUUGCAUGCUUUCCACGACCUCAAACCCUACUCAUGCACAGUCGGAGGAGCAGAAUGCGAGUCGUUAGCUUUCCAAGAUCGAGAUUCGUGGUUUCAACAUGAACUGGAUUGUCACAGAUCCCAAUAUGCGUGCUCGUUGUGCAAUUGCGAGCUAUUUCCAGAAAGAGCUGAUUUAAGAUCACAUAUACUUAAUUUCCAUGGCCAGUUUCCCGAACACCAGUUGCAGAUCAUGGAAGAUGCUGGAAGGAAGUGUCCAACAAGCUUCACAGCACAAAGCUGCCCGUUCUGUGAUGAUUGGUCCCCGGCUCAUCAAGAGAAAGGAAAAUCAACAUCUCAAGAUAUCGGACCCCAGAAGAUUUCCGUUCGUGGCAGCCGAUUUAAGAGACAUGUUGGGGCACAUCUAGAGCAGCUCGCCAUUUUUGCGGUCCCACGCGCAACGGAAGAUGAUACUGGUAAUGAUCGAAGCUCCGUCAAUAGU